UCGUGUCUCUCUGCCACUGUAACACGUCAGGUUUACACAACAAUACUGGAGCGCCACCGUGGUCUGUACAACGUCCUUCCGUACAACGUGGACCGUCCUUCACCACUCGUGUGCUUGGCCUUUAUAUGUACACACAAAUGCACGUAUAUAUAUAAAGGCCUUUAAACCUGUGCCGGACCUUUGCUGAGUGUAUGGCCGUUUCCAAACACCGAUUUCCUGAGACCGAAGAGUGAAGACUAAAUACUCGGAUAGCCAUGGCGAUGAGAUGGAUGUUGAUCGUUGUCCUUGCGGUGUGGGCGGUUGUGGCCGAUGAAGCCCCAACAGGAGAGGAUCCUCUGGUCGAUCCAAACAGCCCAGAUUACAGGGAUGAUAUAAAGCAUUUCGCUCAGGAUAACGUUGACGAUAUCGCCCACAAAUACACGCGCGAGUUCAACACCGUGGAGUACCCAGACGAUGACGAAGAUUACGAAGACGAGGACGAGGACUAUGAAGAUGAGGACGAGGACGACGAUGAGGAUGAUGAAGAUGAUGAUGACGACGAUGACGAAGGCGGAUGCGGCGGAGGCGACGACGACGACGAAGACUAUGAUGACGAAGACUACGAAGACGACCGGAAUCCCGUCGAGAAAGUCAUCGACACGUAUUUCUCAUGAAGGGUGGAGGUCAUCCCGUGGUGGAUGAGCUUUUCCCUUGUACGAAGCCAAGACAACGGUCCGAACGCAAGCUCGAGCUCAUUCCCGAACCCCUUAGGACACAAUUGUUUAUAUUUGUUGUUCUCUUUCAUGAGUGUGAUUCUGUGUGUGGUUUCCAUUGUGUUGUUUGGGCGGCAUGUCUUCUCACUGUUAAGCUCACACCUCACCCACGAGGCGAAUUUUCCCUACUACAUAUUCUUGCUUUCUUUAAUUGUUAAUAUUUUCGUAAUUUCUAUCUCCAUUCAUUUAUAUUUUACUCUGAAUAUGAUAGCCAAUUACCUGUAAAAACAAGGACUUCCAUUAGUCUUCCUGCGUAUUUAUACUUAAGGAAGCUCUCUGCCGACUCCGUGUCUGACAGAAAGACCGAGGAAGGUGGAGAGCGGACAUGGCAACUAUUGAUAAAAGAGGAUGAGGAAAGGGAAAUGACUACCAGGUAACUCCAUACUCGUAGCUCAUACUUACCUCAUUUUCUUGCCUCGAUAAGCCAGUUUGUGUUGCGUGUUUGUAUGUCACUUAUUCCCAUUCAAGAAGCCGGUUCUGGUUCCUAUGGUAUAUGUCUAAGUGUGAAAGUGUAGCGACCGAAACGCGCAGAAAGUUUACGAAGUAUAUGUUAAACAGAUGGACACAUUAAGAAGAAUUGUACACUUAUUAAACAAGAUUUGCAUAUUAGGGCUCGAGCAGAUGUUUAUAUGUUAUCAGACUGGAUGUGGGUGUGUUUGUAGUAGUAUGUACAUGUGUAAAGGAGUACAUUUCUUUCUAUUCGUAUGAUAAAUCUUAGAAAUGAAAUGAUAAAGCACUGUUAACCAGCACUUUUUGAAGCAUCUUGUUAACGUGAAAAUAGACGUUUGCCAUAAUGUACAUAGUUGCACAGAGUAAAGUGAUUUUCCUUGA